AUGCCAGAUGCACAAUCCCAAAUUGAUUUAUUAAAAGAAUUAAAUUCCAAGCUUGUAACCGAUAUUGAAAAUGAUAUGAUUGCACAAGUUUGGUCAAAAAGAGAAAAAAAAAAAUCUCAAACUAGAUGUAUUCAAAUAGUUAAAGAAAUUCUUAAUGAAGAACCUAUAAUCGAGUAUCAUCCUUCUUUCCUGAAUGGGUUAGAAAUUGAUACCCUUCUUUCAAAAAUACCAAAUUGCGUUAGAGGUACAAGGUGCUCAACAUCGGCUCCGUAG